CACCAACUCUCAUUAUAGAAGCUGAAUUAGAUGAUGGACAGUGACCUCAACGUGUUAGAAAAGGCCUGCAUGGAUGCUUGAUUAUAAGGUACCUAGAAUUGAACAAGCUGAUGAGGAAGAACUGACAUACUUUGCUCUAUUUUCAUAUUGUGAUCCUGUAGCUUUUAAAGAUGCCGUUCUAGAGUCCAAAUGGAAAAAGGCCAUGGAUGAAGAAAUUGCAGCCAUUGAAAGAAAUAAUUCUUGUGAGCUAAUUGAGCUUUCGAAAGGCAAGAAGACCAUUGGUGUUAAAUGGGUGUAUAAGACAAAGUUGAAAGAGAAUGAAGAAGUUGACAAGUACAAGGCACGCCUAGCUGCUAAAGGCUACAAGCAGGAGUUUAGGGUUGAUUAUCAAGAAGUCUUUUCUCCGGUUGCAAGGCAUGAUACAAUCAGAUUGGUGAUCUCCUUAGCAACACAGAACUCAUGGCCUGUUUUUCAACUUGAUGUAAAAUCAGCCUUCUUACAUGGAGACUUGGAUGAGUUUAGAAUGAAGGACGACAAUCCUGUCAACACACUAAUUGAUGCAGGAAUGAAGCUAGCUAGAAAUCCUGAAGGAAAGAAAGUCAACAGCACUUUGUAUAAGCAAAUGGUGGGAAGCUUGAUGUAUUUAACUGCUAUAAGACCAGAUAUCAUGCAUGUUGUGAGCCUUAUCAGCAGAUACAUGGAAAGUUCAAAGGAAAUGCAUCUCUUGGCAGCAAAAAUAAUUCUCAGGUACUUGAAAGGUACAGUUGAGUAUGGUUUAUUUUAUAAGAAUGGAGAAAAGUCAAACAUGUUUGGCUUCACAGAUAAUGAUUUUGCAAGGGCUCUUGAUGAUAGAAAAAGCACAUCUGGUUAUGUUUUUAUUAUGGGAACAGUAGCUAUUUCAUGGUCAUCAAGAAAGCAACCAACUAUGACUUUAUCAACAAUUGAAGUUGAAUUUGUAGCGGCAACAUCAUGUGCUUGCCAAGCAAUAUGGUUGCAGAGAAUUCUUGAAGAAUGUCAUUUCAAAUAGGAGGAACCACUUGUUAUUUUUUGUGACAACAACUCAACAAUUAAGUUGUCCAAGAAUCCUGUUCUUCAUGGAAGAUGCAGGCAUAUAGAUGUGAGGAAUUAUUUCUUGAGGGACCUUGUGAAAGAAGCGGUCAUUGAUCUUGUCUACUACAGAAGUGAAGACUAGAUUGUUGAUAUUUUUACCAAACCUCUCAAGUUGUCAACAUUUCAGAAACAAAGGAAGUUGCUCGGCGUUUGUGUGUUAGAGAAUUUAUUAAACUAAACUUUGAUACAAAGUUUAGUUUGAGGGUUUGUUGAAUAAGUCUUACAUUAUCUGUUUUUUAUUGUUCUAUUCUUUAGGAAUUUGUUAGGUAUGUGCAAUUGUGUUUCCCAUUUUUAGUAGUGCAUAUCUUAUUUGUAGUUUAGUGGUUUUAAUGGCUUAGUGGUGUUAUUUUAUUGUUUAAUUCAGUUGCAGUUUUGCAUUUUAUGUAUGAGUCAUUUUUCUAUUUGUUGAAUGAGAUAUUCAGGACCAUUUUUUCCUCUUCCAAUUGGCUUGAGUUUACUAUCUUUCAAUUCCUUUCACUUGCUUAAACUGUUUAUGCCCAGCAAGUGUUUGAUUUAAUUCCUCAAAGAAUAUUCAGCUUGAAGCUUUUUGUUCAACUCUGUUUUCUCUACAUGUUUCUCAUGCCUAUUUCCUUCAUCUUACUCCUUGGUAAAGUAUUUGUUAAGGACACGCAACGCCCUUCAUCAGAUCUAAGUCCAAUUUUCAUCUUCAUCAUCCUUUCUGAUUUUCCUUUUUUUUCUUCUCUCUCCUCCCUCCUUUUCUUCUUUGUUUUUCUCUUUUUGCUGAGAAGCCACCCAAAAGAACUUAAUCUAGAUUCAAAACCCACGUGGGUUCUUAAUAGAUUGAAUGCGAUUUG